AUGACUUGUUUGCGGCCAUUUACUUGCGACGAUAUGUACAAAUUUAAUAACGUAAAUCUAGACCCGCUAACAGAGACCUAUGGAUUAUCCUUUUAUAUGAAAUAUUUAGCUCACUGGCCAGAAUAUUUUCAAGUUGCUGAAUCUCCCAGUGGUGACAUUAUGGGAUACAUUAUGGGUAAAGCAGAGGGUAUUGGUGAAAAUUGGCAUGGCCAUGUCACAGCUUUGACUGUGUCUCCAGACUUUAGGAGACUUGGGCUUGCUGCAACUCUUAUGAAUUAUUUGGAAGAAGUUUCUGAGAAGAAAAGGUGCUAUUUUGUAGAUUUAUUUGUCAGAGUUAGUAACAAGGUUGCCAUAAAUAUGUACAAAAAUUUGGGAUAUAUUGUUUAUAGGACAGUUUUAGAGUAUUAUUCAGGAGAUCCUGAUGAAGAUGCUUAUGAUAUGAGAAAGGCAUGCUCCAGAGAUGUGAAUCAGAAAUCAGUUAUACCACUAUCCCAUCCUGUACGACCUGAAGAUGUUGACUGAUGAAGGUAGUUGCCUUUCAUGAAUGAUAAAAGAAAAAAGAAUGUGAGGAUGAAUACUAAGAGGUUUGUGUAUUGACAAAAGAUUGCAUAGUGUCUGUAUUGUAUCAUUUCUCUGUAUUAUAAGAUUGACACUGAUAA